AUAGGGAAACUGUUCAAUCUUGCGCACCGCAGCAUACAGGCAAUUGGUUGCUUAUCCUAUAACUCAAUUCCUUCCCGAGAAGAUGAAUUUGAGCUUAUGAUUGGUGUCCCUUUGGCUGGUUAAAGAUUGAUGACAACUCAUGUCACCCGAGGAUAACCUUAAGCGAAACCAUGGAAUAACUAACACCAACCAACCAACCAACUUUACCUCUCUCACAAUUCGAAGGAGCAUCAAUUGGAACCCAUGGAGAUGAACUGAGCCAAUCAUCAUACGUUUCUUACAAAGUGAGGCAGACAGCACUGCCUCGAAUGAUUGGUGCCUGACGCAGUCUCGUAUCGAUAUCAUGGACUUUCAUCCGCGCAGCUUCCUCCUUUAUCGCAGCCUUGCGCGUAGUAGGGCGUUGGAAAAAGUUCGGCAUGCAGUUCGAUGUACGCUUCUCAUAAUGCACACACCCGUCGAUUCUCAUGCACUCCGAUAUUCGGGUACAUCCAGAUGACCACAAAACUUAGAGCCAUGCAUGAAGUUGGAAGCUAUAGCUAAGCCGCCCUUUUUGCAUGCCUUUAUUACGAGUACUGCGGUGAAGGACUUCUGAGUAGGUCUAUAAGUGUAGAUGGUUUCCUCUUGUUUUCUCAGCUCCCUUUAUCAUCAACAGAGUUAUUCUACUUUCAAGCCUUGUGAUGACAUUCGCACUUCGGCCAAGCAUAUCAUACACAUAUAUAUAAUUAUAUCAUUUCAGCCUUGAUUCUUUCAAUCCCUGAUACCCCUACAUUCCCAUACUGCUAGGAUACUAUAUCAGUAGAUCACCAAUCUGUCUUCGUCGGUAAUCACGCUCACCAUUCGAUCUAAUCCCGUGUUGUAUGUUACUCGCCUAAGCCUUGUCAGCCGCAUCAUAUCUAAACGUUCCGAUCGCUCCUUUGGGCAUUAAAGAUGGCUUCUCCUGCUUACAAUCAUCAAGAGGAAAAGGAAUAUCUGAAUGAUCUAGAUGAUUGGACCGUCAUCUGUCAAUACUGUAUCAAACCCAUCUCGGCAACAAGACCUCCUAUCUACAAUGAGGCCAAUUGCAGUUGCUCACAGAUUGGCAACCAUGCUGCUGGAAUAAACCUGGCCAUACAGCCUAAGAUCCAAAGAUUGGAGCGAGAGAUCACCGCUUGUGAUCAGCCUGUCUAUACAUAUCAAGAUUCUAUCCCGAGAUAUGGUCCUUCAGGCACCCAAGAUUUGACAACAAAUCACGCACCUCUUGUUCAUGAAACCAGAAACAACUUUCAAGAUCUCAACAUCAACUGGAACAAUAAUAAAGUCACACAAGAUCAUCCGUACUCUAUCCAAAACUACUCAUGGCCACUUCGUUCCUGGCUGACAGAGAACGAGUCUUCAUAUACUCUUUCAUCUAUCCCUCAAAAUUCAUUCUAUGCUCACAAAUCUUCAUCGACAAAGGCCAAGAAGGGGAGUAAGCGAGGAAACUCCAGUCUCUGUAGCUCUGGAAGUAGCGUGGAACCUGGAUUAAAGGGAUGGGGUCCCGAUCCAUUUACUGAAACUGGAGCAUGGGCUUGCGAAAUUCAGCAGGAAAUCGAUGGGCAUCCGAUGGCAAUGAGUGGUAUGAGCGAUUCGUAUGGUAAGUAGCAUUGUUAGUUGGUGGUGAUUUGCUGGUUCUGCAUGGUAUGGAGAUUGUAGAGAUUCGGUAUCUUGGAAUGGUGCUGGAAUAGGUUAUUCAUGGUUGGAUGUUAUCUUGGUAUUUUGAUUCCUUGUUUUAUGUGUUAAAAUUGGGUAUUGAGGUAUUUGCUUGAAACGAAGGACUAUAAAAUGCGUGUAUAGAUAGAUAUUUGGCAAUGAACUUUCGUCAUGGGGUGCUGUGGCGGUUAGGAGUUAGGAGUUAAGAGGACUUGGUUAAUCAAUUGUUUAACAUCUCACCUGGUCAAA